AUGGCAUCCACCCUCCCCUGCUCGCCCAUCUUUGCAGCCAUCGCCAAGCACGAUCCAAAAUCUCCUGCGAUAAUACACAGCGCGUCUGACCGUACCUUCUGCUACGGCAGUCUCCUCCAUGAUGUUGCUGCCGCAAAGGACAACUUGACCGCUCUUGCUGGGGGCAGAUCUCUGGUGGGUGAGAGAAUAGCUUUUCUGGCGGAAAACGGAUAUGACUAUGUGGUGACGUUCCUCUCAAUUCUUUCCCACGAUGCAAUCGCCCUCCCGUUGGCGCAUACUCAUCCGAGUUCCGAGCUGCGAUACAUCCUCGAGAACAGCGAAGCCGCACUAUUCCUGUCGACGGAGAAGUUCCAAGAGAAGGCAAAAGAGGUGGUAAAAGAAGGACUGAACCAUGUACCAAAACUGGGAAUCCUCUCCAAGAUUGAGACCGGAGCUCUGUCCGCCGAGAAUGUCCAGAUCAGCUCCAAGAGCAUUGAGCAUGGUGGAUUCAUGCUCUACACCUCUGGGACCACCAGUCGUCCCAAGGGCGUGGUUCUAUCUGUGGCCAAUAUGGUGGCGCAAUCGAGUUCCCUGAUCGCAGCAUGGAAAUACAGCUCAUCAGACCUGCUCCUCCACGUUCUCCCACUCCACCAUAUCCAUGGCACGAUCAACGCACUGUUUACUCCGCUAAUGGCCGGCUCGGCAAUCGAGUUCGCAUACCCGUUCAACGCGGACACAGUGUGGAAGCGACUCGCUGCGCCGUUCCUCCCCAACUCCUCCCCCCCUUUACCAGACCAAAAGAAAAGGCCGAUAACUUUUCUUACAUGUGUCCCGACGAUAUACAACCGCCUUCUGGCGACUCAUUCCUCCCUCUCCCCAGAAAUGCAGACCGCGACCCGCACAGCGAUUUCCCCUGGCUACCUCCGACUGAAUAUAUCUGGUUCUGCAGCCCUCCCUACUCCGGUAAAGCAAGCUUGGACAGAGCUUUCAGGUGGCAAUGUCCUUCUCGAGCGCUACGGGAUGACGGAGGUUGGCAUGGCAUUAUCUUGCGGAUUGGCAUUUGAGGAUCGUGUCGACGGAUCGGUUGGGUGGCCAUUACCGGGAGUCGAGAUACGACUUGUCGAUACAGAGACAGGCAGUGUGAUAAAAGCGGGCCAAGAACUGGAUAAGGACGGUCAACCGCAAGAAGGAGAAAUUCAGCUCCGUGGCCCCACUGUGUUCAAGGAGUAUUUCCGUAACCCGUCUGCCACAGCGGCAGAAUUCGUCGAAUCCGAGGACGGAAAAGGAGACUGGUUCAAGACAGGAGACGUGGCAGUCCGCCAACUCGUCCCUGGAACAGGCAAGAGCGAGCAAUCCCCCUGGGCCCGUGGGCCGAUGUACUUCAUUCGGGGCCGCAAAUCCGUCGACAUCAUCAAAACCGGGGGAGAAAAAGUGUCGGCCUUGGAGGUUGAACGGGAACUUCUCUCGCUGCCCGAAAUCGCUGAAGCCGCUGUGGUGGGCAUUGCCAACGAGCAAUGGGGUCAAAAGGUCGCCGCGGUCGUGGUUCUUAGCGACAAAGGCAAAAGCGGUGGGCGGGGAGGCAAGCAGUGGGGAGUGAUGGACAUGCGCAGGGCCUUGAAGGAUAAAUUGGUCAAUUACAAGAUCCCGCAGGAGUUGAAGGUCGUGGAGAGCAUACCGAGGAAUGCGAUGGGGAAAAUCAACAAGAAGAUGCUCGUGAAGGAGGUCUUUUGA